AAAUUUUCUAGAAGCCAAAAUAUUUCCUAACCCAUCAAGAUAAGCAUUACUUACGUAACGCCCAGUAUCCGGAAAUGAACAACCUUCUUAAAAUUCCUGGAUCCCUUUGAUUAAUGUUGUAAUACUAUUAAUGUUAUCUGUAUAUUAUUUUACUAAUUUAAGUCAGUAUUUAUGUAAAUUUCACUCAACCCAUUUUCAUUUUUAUACCAUUUUUUCAAGUUCCUUUCUUCACCGAACCUUUUUCACUGUCUUUAAGCCUAUAUAGAUUCUCACAAUUUAUUUGUAUUUUAAUGGAGAAAGCGUCUGGUUCUGUUAAGCCGAAUAAAUCCCAUUUUGGCUAAGAUCUUUCUCUUUUAGUGUUUCUUCGGUUUUCCCAUAUGAGAGUAAACAUUUUUUCUUUGACAAAGUUUUGUUUUGUUUUUUUUAUUUUGCUUGGAGUUGAAGUGAUCAAAUGGAGUUAGGUAAGGAUCUGAUUCUGGGUUGUUUUGGAAGUUAUCAAAGGUUCGAUUUUUAUUACGUUGGGGGAGUUUAUUAGCUCUUAAUUACUCUAUUAGUGUUGAUUUUUUUUGUGAUUAUGGAUUUUUGAAUUUUGGGGGGUUUAUGCGCCUGAAAAGUGAUUAAUUUCAGGAUUUGGGUUGUUCACAUUGGUUAUGGUCUCCGAGUUGGUUUUAAGAUGGAGAAAAUAGUAGUUCUUCUCCAUUAUAUGAUUGCUCACAUGUAUGCUUAUUGCUGUGGUUUUUGAUAAUUUUGGAGGAGGGGUGUGUUUUCUUUUUUGCCUAAGUUAGCUGAGAUUAAUGGAUCCAGAGCAAAGGGGUAAUAGGGUAGAAACCAGUGAGAAUUUGAGUCAAGUUGAGGAAGGAGUCAGCGGAAAUUCAAAGAAUUCCGUUAAUGGAGUUGUGUCUGAGACUGUUAUUGUGAUAAAUGCUGAAGAAAAUGUGUGUUUUAGUCGAGAAAACGCAGAUUUGAGAUUGCAAAAUGAUGGCUUUGGAUCGUUGAAGGAUCAGGAGGUGGAUUAUGGGAGAGGAAUUGGUCCGCCAUUGAUUCAGAAUGAUCUGGAAAGUGGUGGGCAUUCAAGUAGUUUUGCUGAUAGAAAUGCGCUUGAGAAUGAGGAAAGGGAUUUUGGAGAGAAAAACAAUGGAGUGGUGUCAAGUGAGGUGUUGGGGGAAGCAGGGGGGGAAAUGUUUAAUCAGGAGACAAACCAGAUGGGAGGAGUUGGUGAAACAACGGGUCAAGUUGAUCAAGGAAGUUGCGGAAGUUUGAAUAAUUCAGUUGACAGAUUUGUUGUUGAGACCAUUAUCAUAGUUAACACCCAAGAGGCAACAUGUGUGGAUGGAAGUAAUAGGUUAGAAGUGAAAGACAAUGGAUUAGGUUCAAGUAAAGUAUUGACAGAAAAGCCAAAGACGAAGGUUGCUGAAGCAGAGGACUCAUGUGUGAUAGAUAUAAAGGGGACUGAUGGUGGUGGAAGACAGUAUAAGGAGAGUUGGGAUGGUGAAAGGGUUUGUAGAAUUUGCCAUUUGAAUACAGAGCAAUCACUUGAACCUAUGGAUGGUACGUCAAGUACAGCAGCUACUAUGGAUCUAAUUCAGCUUGGUUGCUGGUGCAAAGAUGAGCUAGGAAUUGCGCAUAGUCAUUGUGCAGAGGCAUGGUUUAAGCUGAAAGGAAACAGAAUGUGCGAAAUUUGUGGACAGACUGCAAAAAAUAUCACUGGUGUUAGAGAUAACAGAUUUAUUGAAGAUUGGCAUGACCGAGGAUCUACUAGUGGUGGUGGUAGAUCCUCAGAUCGGGGUGGGGGAUGUUGGCGUGGGCAACCAUUCUGUAACUUUCUGAUGGCAUGCUUGGUAAUAGCCUUUGUACUGCCAUGGUUCUUUCGUGUAAAUAUGUUUUAGCACGGUGUGAACAAGACCUAAAGGUUCUUCCUUUGCAUCACUAUUUCUUGCCUGCUUGUCUAGCUGGUGCUCCUCUGGAAUUUGGGGUGGAUAUGAAUUAACUUGUCAGUGGAGCUAUUUGGUUCUUGUUCUCAUGCCCUAAUAAAAAUUCCUAGGCUUAAUGGCUUGAGGCUUCAACUUUUAGAAGCUGUCAUCGUGAAAACAAAAUUCCAUGCCUCAGUUAUUUUACUAUGCCACAGUAGCGUUUGCUCGCAUUGAGUUGUUUGGUAUUGGGCCUCUUGGCGUAAUGGUUUAAGCUUAGACAAGGAUUGCUGAGGCUGCAUUACUGGGGAAAAGUUUUUUUUUUUUUUUUUUUACUUUUAUUAUUAUCAUUUUCACUGUUGUUUUGGUCCUGUUUUUACUAUUUCUUGAAUCUAAAUCUGGCAUAUGCCGAUUUCAUCUUGGGAAUUCCCAUUGUAUACACAUAUGUAAUCACAACUUUGGUCAACACAUUUGAUCUUAUAAUGGAAACUUAGUUUGCAAUCA